GCGCACCGCGCGUCAUCUGGUUGCUUCGUCUUCAUCGUGCUCGCGGGUUACCUCGGUUUUUCACGAAGUCGUCCUCGCUCGCCCAUUCGUACCGAGCUAACGACGUCUGUGCGCCGUUAGCUCGCUGGCGGUGUUGCAGACAGGCGGUGCCGAGCGUGCCAGAGUGAACUGGUGGUGCAAUGGCGGGUGACGGCGGCGAUUGGGAGCUGUCCAAGGAGAACAUCCAGCCGUUGAGGCAUGGCCGCGCCAUGUCGUCGCUGCAGGCAGCACUGGCUCCCGAGUGCCAAGAAAACCUCAGGCAAACACGACGUGAGUUCGAGGAAGAGCUUCGAACCACAUCUGGGGUCAACCUGCUGGAUGUAUACCACAGGUACGUGCUGUGGGUGGAGCAGCACCAUGUGACGGGCGGGCAUGGUGUGAACCUGCGGCAGCUGCUUGAGCAGGCCAUUGUGCAGUUCAAGGAAAACAGGGAGCUCUUCAACGACGAACGCUACGUUGGAAUUUGGAUACGCUACGCUGUGCAGUCAUCGGAGCCCCUCGCAGUGUUCAAGGCAAUGUUUGAGACCGACAUCGGGGUGCGGCAGGCCCAGUUCUAUGCCAUUUGGGCACAGCACCUGGAAGCAUCGGGAGAUACCCGUGGGGCAUCACGUGUCCUCCAGGGAGGCAUCGAUCGACAUGCUGAGCCCACCAGCUUGCUUGAAGGGGCAUUGAGGCACCUGGAGGCACGCGUCAGCCGCCAGGUUGCUCUCGAUGUGCAACAGCAGGGCCAGGAAGCAGCAGCGGUUGGCGGUGCAAGACAAGAUCCUCGACCUGUGCUGGCGCCAUUGCGUCCACAGGGCAGGCAGGGCACCGCACCAGUGAUGCGCACGGGGCCAACAGCUAGGCCAGCCGAGCAGCAGCCGGGGGGCUUGGCGAUCGUGUCGGCAGGCUCGGCAGCUGGGAACCGAGGCCACACAAAGGUGCGUGUGCGUGCCGACGAAAACGCUCUUCCGGACCGUGCUGCCCUGCUCGUCCAACCUGUCGCUGCGCCGGCCUUUGCACCCACCACCCAGCAGACCAAGGAGAACAGCCGCUCAGCUGGGCCAUGGUCUGGAGUCACAGCAAAGCAGCGUCUCCAGUUGGCACCUGCCCAGCCGGGCUUCGAGGUCCUGGAGGAGCAAGGCAGUGAGCAGCUUCCAUGCACUCCUGCACUGGUCCCAGGCUCACGGCAAGCCCUCAGUGAGCGCAAGAAGUCUGCUGAGGUCUAUCACGGCAACCGCUGGGACUGCUGGGAAGUCCCACUCUGUCGGCCUGAUCCACCAGACCUACCCACGCGGCCCAUGUAUGACAAGGCAAGCGUGUACCGGGGCACCAUGGAGUUCCAAUUUGAGGAAAUCCGCAUGGCGAACAUUCGGAAACGGGAACGUAGGCUGGUGGAACAGCGGCUGGAGGCCCAGCGAGACCGGUGUGCACGGAUGGAGCUGGAGCGACUUGAGCGCCAGGAGAGAGAAGAGUCCGAACGUGAGCAGCAGAUGGAGGCGCUCAAGCGUGAGGUACUGCAGCUGCGCCAGGAGCUGCAGAAGAUGCGUAGCAUGCUUGCCAAGACCAGGAGUGGCACCAGGGACCAUGCCGUCAUGACCAGCAGGAUGGUGAAUCUCGAGCAGAGCAUCCUGGCUGCUGAACAGUCCAUCCUGGUCAGUCCUAAUGCCCUGGAGGACAGGGCCUCCGACCAACCUGAGGAAGUGAGCGUGCCACCCAGCACGCCGAGUGUUCACCAGGCGAGCGGUGCUGAGAGUGCUGAAAGUACCCAGAGUGGUGCGAGCCUGCGCACAGCUGACGUGUCAAACGUCGUGCGCAGCCUCUGGAACUGCACCCUGGCACAGUCGCGCCUGGAUCGGCCAUCGCUGAGCCAACAAGAUCACACGGUGGAAGCAGCAGCAAGCAAUGCAGAGGACGAGGCACAGACAGAGACGACUCUCGAAGGUGCUGUGGUGGGUGUUGCAGCUACGCCUUUUGAGGUGUUCUGCGAGCCCACCCAGACUGGCGGGCUUUCCUGCAGUGCCCAACUUCCACCGGCGGAUGCUCUGGCGGACGGCGGCAAUGAUGAGAACAGGCGCCCUGCAGAUUGUGUCCUACCAGAGCCUCCAGUGUGGGCAAAGCCACUUCAGCAGAGGGUGCCAUUCACCGAACUGCCGAUGCAGGAGGAGCAGGCUGCGGACGAUGAUGAGGAUGUCCUGCAAGGCAUCAAACCCUUGGAGGACGAGGAUAAUUUCUCCUAUGCAGCAUCCAAGAGCUUUGCCCGCAAGGUGACUUCGACCCCCUGCGCGACGGACCACAGGGUGCCUCAGGUGGGCGAGGAUUUCACAGUGGGCGGUCUGACUGCACUUGUCCAGGGGGUGGCCAUCUGUGAACAGUCCCCAUCGGCCUCCUCAACAGCAUCUGCACAGCCGUACCUCGCAGAGCCUCUUCUGCAGCCACCUCAACAAGUGCAGCAGCAGCCGGAACUUUGCGACCUGGAAAAUCGGCAGCCUCCUGCUGUGCAGCCAGCGGUGGAAUUCCCAGCGCCCCCUGGUGCAGACUCCGGCAACAAUGUGCCCCUAGCCAAGCGCCGGUUCUCCGUUGCUGCUGCUGGGGACCUGAGCACCAUCCUGGAGUGCAGCAAGGAGGGCAAGUCGAGCAGCAACAGUGGAGGCAGCAGCUGUUCGAGCAGCUCGUCCCAACACUCUGUGGGCGUGGCCACACUGAGCACCACCACUGGCCGACCCCCGACUGGCGGCAGCUCCACCCUGCCUGCCGUCCAGGAGGAGCCCGACGACAACGAUAUUGGUGGCGUCCCCACGGCAACACCGCCAGAGCAGCUGCAGGAACAUGGCGAGGGGUGCGUGGUCCAGCUCGUGGCCGUGGCCUGCAAGGACCCGUUUUCAGAGGAGGUGCGGUGCACAAUAUUGAACUCGUGGCAGCCGCAGGAGAGUGACCAAGAGCAGCUCCUCGAGUCUUCCGGCAAGCGCCCUGUCCUCAAGGCAGACGCGCAGAUCACUCUGGGUGGCCAGGAGGUCAAGGUGCUCCACCACUUGGCAUCGGGCGCCUACGCACGGGUCUAUCUGGCGCAGAUAUUGAACACCGACGAGACCUACCUGGACAGUGAUGAUAGUUUCGAAGCGCCUUCCCAGAUGAAGGUCGUGCUGAAGGCAGACAACAGCAGAACCAGUGCCUGCUGGGAGACCUACAUCUGCUGCGAACUGCGCCGGCGUUUCAACGAGGCCUUUUCGGGGGCACCUGCAAAGUGUGUGGCAGACUUGCAGCUAGCCUGCUUCUUCACGAAUGGCGCCAUCCUGGUGUUCCCCUAUGGCCCCUAUGGAACGCUUUUGGAUCUGGUGGGCCGGUACCAGAAACAAGGCCGCGGCUGCAUCCCCGAGUGCCUGGUGCUCUACUUCGCCCUUGAGUUGAUCACCGCCAUGCAACAGGUGCACUUGUGUGGCAUCAUUCACGCUGACGUGAAGCCUGACAACGUUGUCAUCAUUGACCUCCCAUGCAAGGCAGGCUUCCUCGACCGGUUCACUGAGCAGGGGGCCAGCUGCCUGCAGUUGAUUGACUUUGGACGUGCCAUCGACAUGAGCCAGAUGCCACCUGGUACAACAUUCACCAACGUGGUGACAACAGAUGGCUUCGUCUGCACCGAGAUGCGCGACAGUCGCCCAUGGACCUUCCAGACUGACUGGUUUGGCCUUCUGGGAUGUCUGCACGUGCUCUUGUUUGGAGACUACAUGGAGGUCGAGAAGACGCCCAACGGCACUUGGAGCAUCCGCCGCAAGUUCAAAAGGUACUGGCAACAAGACCUGUGGAACCGCCUCUUCUCAACCCUGCUCAAUGUUCCCAGCUGCUCAGAGCUGCCGGAUCUUACACCAUUUGCAUUGGAGAUCCAGAGCCUGUUGCGGAACAGGUCACGUGCUCAUGACGUGGUCGUGGAAGCUCUGCGGGCGAAGAACUUUUAAUUUUCAUCAUCUUUACCCUUUCUUAACAAGCAUUAAAUACUACGCACUACAGUGACUCUGUCUGCUCAAUCUGACUUACAACCAUUGAGAGUCGCUGUAGUGCUUAGAUUUUAUUCCAAUGAGUGUAAAUACUAUUUUACAUAUAGUGCCAGUUUUUAUCCUAGUUUGAGUCCCAAGUGUCAUGAGAUGCUUGAGGACAUUAGAAGCACAUUAGAUAUCAUUCUGUAAUUUUAAGGUCCAUUAUUUUUACUGCACCAUAAAUUUCUACUCUGAAGUGGCUUAAGCGUCACUUGCGUAGUGUAGCACGGUGCACUGUAUGGAUGUGCCAUAUAAAACGAAAUGUGCCUGCAACUUACUAAAACAUUUAUCAUCCAUGCUUAUCACUUCUUUGACAGGAAAUGUUGUAAAUGUGUACAUACCGUGUGUUUAGCUGCUGCUUUGUUUUAAAUAAACUUUUAUAACAUUUU